AGGCGGCUCAGAGGGCCUGACGCGGGAACUCCGGAGCCGCGCAGUGGCAGCAAUGGCCGCCAGCGCGAGGAGCAACAAUGGCAGUGGAGGAGCGGGCUGCUCGCGCGUGAUCGUCAUCGACAUAUCCUCUGACGAAGACGAAGAGCCUCCCGUGGCUAAGAAGGCAGCGGCUGUGGUUACAACAACAACAACAGCAGCAGCGGCAGCGGCGGUAACGACGGCGGUGGCGGCCGUGGUGGAUUCAACAACAACAGCGGUGGCCGUGAAAGAAGAGAUGAAGACGACCGCUGGUCAGAGACUAUUCGCUGAGUUCCUGGAGGUGUGCGCACGCGUCGCCCACAAGCACCCCGAGGUGCUGAGCUUCCUCAGGGCGAAGUACGCCAACACCACUGCCGCAUUUAAGGAGUCGGCGGAGUUGCGCGCCGUGCUGCGCCGCUACGUGCGCAAGAUCUCGGAGAAGCCGUCGCGCACGUACGUUUACAUCAACGAGGUGGUGGCGGUGCUCAAGGCCAACGCUCAGCGCAAGCGUCCUCGCGAGGAUGCGUCGUCGGCAAGUGGCGGUGAGGCGCCGGCGCAGAGUGGAGGUGGCGACGAGGCGCCGGCGCAGAGCGGCGGUGGCGGUGAGGCGCCGGCGCGGAGCGGCGGUGGUGGCGGGGUCGACUCGUCCGAACCGGCGGUGAAGAGGCCCCGGGUGAACGACGCGGCGCACAGCAACGGUGGCAGCGGCGGCGGCGGUGAUGAUGGCGGCGGCGGUGCCGGUGCCAGCGGUGGUGGUGGUGGCGGUGGUAAAGACGAUGCCAAGGCUGGCACGGCGGAUGGGGCUAAACCGCGUGCUUCUCGGCGUCAGAUUGAGAGGCUGGAGGACCUGCUGCGUCUCUACAACCGCGAGAUUCAGCGACUCCAGGAGCGGGAGCUGGAUCUGGACGAGCUGGGCCGCAAUGACUCGUCCUACGUGCAGGAGCACCAGCUGAAGCGCAAGAUCAUGAGCAUCUUCUCGCGGCUGUGCGAGCUUAAGGGCUGCACCAACAUGACGGGGCGGGUCAUCGAGCAGAGGCUCUUCAUCAAGUGCACGCGCCACCCUGAGGUCAACCGCCACGUGGAGCGGCUCAUCAACAAGCCGGGCUUCUUCCCCGACCUGCAGGAUGUGAAGGGAGUGGUGCGUGCAACCAACCAGCGCUACAACCUCGGCCUGUCUCCCCGCGAGGUCCACAACGUCUCCCUUGACGCCUUCCGCGAGGCAUGCACCAAGCUGCAGGAGCGACGGCACCUGGAUCUGGUGUACAACUUCGGCUGCCACCUAACGGAGGACUUCAAACCCUCGUGCGACCCGGCCCGCUACGACGGCGAGCUGGAGGCCAAGCUGCGGCGCAACCGCAUCGUGGCCCUGCAGCACCUCGAGGACGUGGUGAACAAGUACGCAGAGCUGGAGAUUCCAACUAGCGAGCCGGACAAGCAGGAGCCGGACAGGCGAGACGGCCGGGAUAGCCAGGGCAGCAAGGACAAACAGCCUCGCCGCUUGAAGUUGCUUCCGUCCACCUCGGCGGCGUCCACCUCGGCGUCCACCUCGGCGUUCACCUUGGCGUCGGCGCUCGCGAGCGACGGCCACCUCGACCCGGAUCCGGACGAGGAGACGGUGACCGUCGUGCCACUGUCCCCUCGCCCACGCGAGCUCAAGGGGCAGGAGGAGCAGCAGCAGCAGCGGCAGGAGGAGGGGAAGCAGGGCGAUGAGGCGGAUGACCAUGACGAUGACGAAGAGGAUGAGGACGAGGAAGAUGAGGACGAUGAGGACGACGAGGACGACGAUGAGGAGGAUGAGGAGGACGAUGAGGACGACGAGGACGAGGAGGACGAGAGCUCCGAGCCAGAUGUGGACAUGGAGCUGGAGGGGAUGGAAAUAAACGGAGGCAAGAACUACGAUGAGGAGAAGGAGGGAGAGGAUGGAGAAGAAGAGGGGGAACUGAAGCCAUCCGAGAGCGAGGAACCCACCUCGCCCCACGACUCCGUCUCCAGCAAGGAGGCCACCUCGCGGAGGCACCGAGAUGGCUCCGCCAGGAUCAACGGAGGCUCCGCGGCAGAGGAGGCGGUGCCGCUGAGCCCCGCAGCGGAGGAGGUGGGGCCACAAAAUUCCACGGGGGUGGCGGCGGUGGUGGUGUUGACGCGGGUCUCCACGGAGGAGGUGGCGGUGCUCCUGAACCCCACGGUGGAGGUGUUUGCACGGACGGAUGGCACGGAGGUCACGAGCACCGCUCCCAGGGUUGUCUCUUCGGGGGAAGUGAAAGACUGCAUCUCUGUGAUGGAGGUCAAAGACUGUGUCUCCAGAGCAGAGGUGAGAGACUCUGACCCCAGCACGGAGGUCCCAGAUACUGUCUCUACAGCGGAGGUGAAAGAAGCCAUCUCCACGGUGGAGAUAACAGACGACACGGACUCCUCGGUAGAGUUUAUGGACAUUGAUUCUGUGACAGAUGUCACAGAUGAUGUUCCCAUGGCAGAGGUCACAGAUAUUGCCUCGACGGCGGAGCUCCUGCAGAGCGAGACUUGUGAGGUGGAGGAGUUGAAGGAACUGAACAGCCAGCCCCCAGCGGAGUUUGAGGAACCCACGGCAGAGCUGGGGCUGGCCGUGGAGCGACAGGAAAAUGUGGCUCCGGAGUUGGGCUGUGGCAAUGGAGGCCCCAAGGUGGAGCUGGUUGAAGGCCCCAAGGUGGAGAUGGCUGAAGGCCCCAAGGUGGAGAUGGCUGAAGGCCCCAAGGUGGAGCUGGUUGAAGGCCCCAAGGUGGAGCUGACUGGAGGCCCCAUGGUGGAGCUGGUUGAAGGCCCCAAGGUGGAGAUGGCUGACAGCCCCAAGGUGGAGUUGUCUGAAGGCCCCAAGGUGGAGCUGGCUGGAGGCCCCAAGGUGGAGCUGGCUGAAGGCUUCAUGGUGGAGCUGGCUGGAGGCCCCAUGGUGGAGCUGGCUGAAGGCCUCAUGGAGGAGCUGGCUGGAGACCCAAAAGCGGACGAAUCUUCUUGUUCAGCAGAGAGGCUCUUAUCCACGGCGUCCAAGUCAGGACUGGCAGCUGAGAAUGACGUCGCUGCCACGCCGAGUGGCAGUGAAGUGCUGGAGGAGGUCUUCGGGACAGAGAUCCCCACCGUGGAGAGGGUUCCCAGCAUGCAGGAACUCUCCAAUUCAGAGGUCCCCAGAGCGGAGGAGUUCCCCAGCACAAUGGAGGUCCCUGGCACGACGGAGGUCCCCAGCGCAGAGGAGGUCCCCAGUGCGGAGGAGGUCCCCGGCACGACUGAGGUCCCCAGCGCGGAGGAGGUCCCCGGCACGACGGAGGACCCCAGCGCGGAGGAGGUCCCCGGCACGACGGAGGUCCCUGGCACGACGAAGGUCCCCGACGCGGAGGAGGUCCCCAGCGUGGAGGAGGUCCCCAGUGUGGAGGAGGUCCCCAGUGUGGAGGAGGUCCCCAGUGUGGAGGAGGUCCCCAGUGCGGAGGAGGUCCCCAGUGCGGAGGAGGUCCCCAGCGCGGAGGAGGUUCCCAGCGCGGAGGAGGUCCCCGACGCGGAGGAGGUCCCCAUAUCUAAGGCGGUCCCCCUCAUGGAAGAGGUCACCAGCACAGAGGAAGUCUCCGUCGUGGAGAUCUCCAGCGAGGAUGGCAUUCCAGACAAAUGUUUGACGCACCGGCUGGUGCCACCGCGCCCGUCGCUGCACGAGCACUCGUACAGCUCCUCGCAGACGGUGUCAGGGGGCCGGUCGGCCCACGCCGCGACGGCGCCACUCUGCUCCUCUCCCAUCCAGUUGCAGCGUUCCGGCACCCGCAACUGGCAGAUGGCGCUGGCGUUGUCGCCCAUGAAGCCGGCGGGCGCGGUAACCGCCAAGGCGGUGCAGGUGGCGCCCAUCCGGGUGCUGCCCGGCCCGCAGAGGCCCAAGCCGGUGCCCACACAGUCAGAGAGCGCGCCGUCGUUCCUGCAGGCCGGGGUGGUGCGGUGUGCGCACGUGGCGGUGGAGCGGGCGGCUGCCAACAGCCACCAACAGCGGCUCAGCAACCCAAUUCUUCUGGAUCUCAGGGAGCUCCCUGGCCGCCCCCCGCUAUCGGGGUCCGCAUCGCCAUCCAGGCUUUUGUCUGCCGCCGGCAAACCGUACAAGGUGAGCGUGUCAACGCAGUGCGUUCCUCAAGACAUCAUCGUACUCUCGGACUCGGACUGACCGUUGGAGACGUGCAGUGAUGGGAGGGUGAGAGUCCGUGAAAUGGCCGAGCGAGUGCGGCGAGACUCGUCGGCAACGGCAACCUGGAGCCGUCGAGCAUCUCGGCAUGUCAACCACACGCACGCCGCACGCGCACAAAGAUCUGUACAGCCUUCGGCAGACUUGGGGCGACUGCUGUUAGCGAGCGGCACCUGUGACGGCCAGCACGGCACAACGCGCGGUGCGUUGGGUGGCCCACGCCGUGCCCGGCACCGUUGUCGGUCGGGAGCAGGAAUCGAACUCUGGUUGCUGGAUUUAUGGCGCAAAGCGCCAACCACUCUGCCCACGCUUCCCAUAGACACGGAUAAACACACAGAGACAGGCAGACAGAACAAACACAGAGACACACACAGACACACACUCACAGACACACACUCACACAGACACACUCACACAGACACACACACAGAGACACACACAGACAAACACACACAGAGAGACACACAGACACACACACAGACACAUGUAGACAGAACAAACACACACAGACACACACACAUGCAGACAGAACAAACACACACACGCAGACAGAACAAACACAGACACAGGCAGACAGAACAAGCACAGACACAGGAAUGCACACAUGGACAAAGUACACCACUUAACAGUCGGCACACCGAUACACACGGACAGGCAUACACACACAUAGCACACGAGACACGUGAUUUUUUUAAUAGUUAAAAUAAAUUCUAUUUUGAAAUGUGUGUGGGCGUGUGUUAGUGCGUGUGGGCGUGUUAGUGCGUGUGGGUGUGUGUGUUAGUGCGUGUGGGCGUUUGUGGGCGUGUGUUAGUGCGUGCGGGCGUGUGUUAGUGCAUGUGGGCAUGUGUUAGUGCGUGUGGGCGUGUGUGUUGGUGCUUGUGGGCGUGUUAGUGUGUGGGCGUGUGUGUUAGUGCGUGUGGGUGUGUUAGUGCGUGUGGGUGUGUUAGUGCGUGUGGGCGUGUGUGUUAGUGCGUGUGGGUGUGUUAGUGCGUGUUAGUGCGUGUGGGCGUGUUGUGUGUUAGUGCGUGUGGGCAUGUGUGUUCUGACUCGCACCAAUGUGUCUUUGACCGCUAUUUAUUUGUGUUUAAAUACAGGAAAGGGGAGGGGGAGCCACAUAGCUGUGAUUGGCUGAGAUGGGGUAGUCGUCGUCGCUGAUUAGCCAAUCAUAGUGCUCGGACACACGUGUAGGUGACACGCUAUUAAAUGUAGGCCAAUAGGGUGCAAAACAAAUUGGACAAAAAUACCAGAAACAAUACAAACGAGACGGUAAAAACGAGACCGAAUCGAUUGUUGAAUCAAAUCCUGGAAAGUCAUGGAAUCGUUAGCGGGAAGUUUGUGAGGAACUGAAUUGUUAUAAUAUUUUUGUAUGGCGUCAUUCAUGUAAAUCGCAUUUCGGAUUUCUGUAGAAUUUGCUUCGCCGCGCGUGUAAAACCGCAGACGAAGGGGGGGGGGGGGGGCGGCCACGGAACCAACCACUGCUGCCUGUUUAAAGUUCCCAAGAGUUGUGGUCCUGCGUCGGGAUGUUUGACCACCUCCACUCGUGAGCGCGGCAACACGUGGGAGGAAAGCCGAUUGCACGGAGGAGACCAGGGGAGCGGCACCGCUAACUUCUUCCUUGCGCGUGCGAUGCGUGGAUGGGAGCGGUGUAAUCGACUGUAUAUGUACACGGUGCACAUGGGCGUCUCCACUGUGUGUAUAUUCUGUACAUAGCCCGUCUGUUUGAGUAGCGAGAAAUAAAUGAGCGUGGUUCCA